UUACGCAUUCGCUUUUGAUGUGAAAUACUAUAAUGUGAAUAAUUUAUUUUUCUAGAAAUCACCAUCAGUUAUGUCAAGUAAACGGCUCAUCGUUCUAACAUCGCUAUUGGUCGUUUGUCUGUGCAGUACCCAAAAGAAAAGCUGCAUGAGGCCUGACGUGUUCCGAAACGUCGGCGAAGUGGCCGACUACGUCAAAUGCAUCAAAACGAUUACUGGAUCACCACCUUAUGGAAAACGUUCCGUUCCAAAUUCGAGCCCUUUCUUAGAAAAACUGCACCCAAUGCUCCGACAGUACGAUCCCGAAUACCUCGAAGAACUGAUUUAUCAUAUUUUGAAAGCCGAAAGGGAAAUGAUGCGUCGGGAAUAA